CAGGAGGUCAGCUAGUCCAACCCCCUGCUCAAAGCAGGACCAAUUCCCAAUUAAAUCAUACAGCAUCAUAGAAUAGCAGAUAGAAUCAUAGAAUAUCAGGGUUAAACUGGAGCCACGUCUCCUGCUACGUUGAGUGGGAAAUCGAGGCCUGGGGCCUAACUCUUUAGAGUGUACACAGCUAAUCAUCCGAGGGCCCUGGAGCGCACUGUCAAUGCCUUUUGAACAGGGUUCUCUCUUCUUUGCAGAAUAUGGCCCCGAGAAGAACGCAGCAGGUUGGGGUGGGGCCGUCCACGGAGCAAGACUACAUCUCCAAGGUGGUUCUGCUGGGGAGCGCGGCCGUGGGAAAAUCAAGCACAGCCUUCCGCUGUGUGAAAAAUGAUGUCAGGGAAUCCGUGCCCACUGUGGGAUGUUCUUUCUUCACCCAGCUGGUAUGUUUAGAGACUGCCACAAUCAAGCUUGAGAUCUGGGAUACUGCAGGACAAGAGAAGUACCAUAGUAUUUGCCAUCUUUAUUACAGGGGGGCGGAUGCUGCCCUUCUUGUAUAUGACAUAGCCAGAAAGGAGGCGGAGGAGUUUGCAAAGAGCAAAAGCUUAAUUUCCGUGGAAACGUCCACAAAAUCCAACCACCAAGUGACCGAGGUGUUUAUGGCCAUAGAUCAGUUCCAAGUGAGAAGCCGCUGGACAGGCCAGAGUCCUCACCCAGAUUGGAAAACAAGAUCCCUGCAUCCUUCUUCCUUAGGGUGUAGAAUAAAGCCCUCGAAUCGACACAUCCAGCCCCCUCCCAAGAACCAGUUAUGCCCAGAGACAAUCCCGAGUGGUCAGUCCUCCCUUCACACGAAUGCCGACUACUGCCAAGCCACCAACGACGCUGGGUUCAUGGGAGGCUAA